CACAUAUUUCAUCAGCCCGAACCUAACCCAGAUAUGCAGAUGAGAAAGUGUGGAAAGGAACGACUGUCAGUAGUUAUUUCAAAUAUUGUACGCACUAUAGAGAUCUAAGAAGAACAGAUCAAAAUUUACCGAUUUUUCGGUAAGAUUUUGAUCGGAAUGAGCAGUAAAGGUAGUGGUGAAUCUGAGAAGCGUUCUCAGCAUGACAGCGGGGAUGAAACAGAAGAGGACGAAAGCGAUGUUUUAGAAGAGAGUCCAUGUGGCAGAUGGCAAAAGAGAAGAGAGGAGGUACAACAGAGAGAUGUACCAGGCAUUGAUAAUGCCUUUCUUGCCAUGGAUACAGAGGAGGGAGUGGAAGUUGUAUGGAACGAAGUAGAAUUCUCAGAAAAGAAAAACUUCAAAAAUCAGCAGGAGAAGAUCAAGCAAGUGUUUGACAACCUUAUUCAACUUGAGCAUGCAAAUAUUGUCAAGUUCCAUAAAUAUUGGACUGACACAAAGACUGACAAACCAAGAGUCAUAUUCAUAACAGAAUAUAUGUCUUCUGGUUCCCUUAAACAGUUUCUUAAAAGAACAAAGAAAAAUAACAGGACAAUAAAAGCCUGGAAAAGAUGGUGCACACAAAUUUUGUCAGCAUUAAGCUACUUACACUCUUGUGACCCUCCAAUCAUUCAUGGUAACCUGACCUGUGACACCAUCUUUAUUCAGCACAAUGGCCUUAUAAAGAUUGGCUCAGUUGCUCCUGAUGCAAUUCACAACCAUGUGAAAACCUGUAGAGAAGAACAGAAAAACAUGCAUUAUAUUGCUCCAGAGUAUGGAACUAAUGCACCAGUGACAGCAGCAGUAGAUAUAUAUUCUUUCGGGAUGUGUGCAUUACAGAUGGCAGCAGUUCCUAUCCAAGGGAAUGGAGACACAGCCAAUUAUUCCAGAGAAGCAAUCCAAAAGACAAUAGAAUCUUUAGAAAACCCAUUGCAAAGGGACUUUAUAUCAAAGUGCUUACUUGAAAACCCAAAAGACAGGCCAAGCACCAGAGACCUUCUCUUCCAUCCAAUACUGGUUGAUGUUUAUUCUUUGAAAUUGCUUGCUGCUCACGUUUGUUGUGCAAAUUCUAGAAUACUGUCUGAAACAUGGAUGGAUGGGUACCGACCUCAGUUGGAACCCAAUCAUGUGGUGGCAGAGAUAUUCACAAAGAAAGAGCCAGUAGCAUGGAGUGUGUCGCAGCUUCCUAGUGAAGUAACAGAAAUUGAGAAAUUCCUCGAAGAUGUCAGGAGUGGAAUAUAUCCCUUGACAAUUUUUGAAAUGCAAUACCCACCUAUCUCAAGAGCCAGAGCAAUAUCUCCCGAGAUGGCAGAGUCCGUCAAAUCUGACACACCAGAGCCUGCUGAUGUGGAGUCCCGUAAAGUGAUCAGCAUGUCUGCUGUGGUGAAAAAGAUGGAGAAUGGGGAAGGCCUGCAUUUGACACUGCAGCUCCGUAUGGAUGACAAAAUGAACAGGCAGUUAAAUUGUGAAUUUACAGAUGAAGAAGAGACUCCAUUUAUUUUGGCUGAAGAACUAGUGCAUUAUGGAUUUAUAAAUGAGGAAGAUCGCCAUAGGAUAGCCACCUUGAUAGGGAACAGUGUGAAGAACUGCCACUCCAGCAGCUCCCCCCAGCCUCUCAUCCCAGUUCUCCAGAACAUGGCCCAAGUGGACUCCUCCUCCCCCUCAUCAGCACCCCAGGGACAUGUGCCACCAGUCAGCUAGCAAGCUAUGUGGAGUCUGCUAAUUUUACUACAACCAGUAUUCACUAGAGAUGAUGUCUAGGUGUAAUCAUUAUUAUCAUUACAUGAUAUUGUAUUGUGUAACAUUACCUGAUGCAGGAAUGUGGACCAACAUGGCCAUCAGAUGAUCAAAAAGAUCGAAUGUGGGGUGUCUGAUUAAGUACAACUUUUGUUUUUUUGUUGGAAUUGUGAAUUCUGCAUCAAUGCUUUUAAUCAGCUUUCUGAUUGAGCACAUUUUUUCUUCUAUUUCAAAUCAACUAUCUGGUAAAGCACAGUUGACAUAUAUAUUCCAGCAUAUGGUAGGUAUUCAUAGGUGUAUGAAGUGUUGUCUUUAGUCAAGAUCAAGUUGAAGAUAAGACCUUUGACAUUGGGGCACUUCUCCAUGUUGUCUGAUUAACCUUAGAUCACCAGUGGCAGCAAAGACAAUCCUAUUUAUAUCUCCACCUAUGCCUUUCUCCAUCACUGGGCACAGUAAACUCAUUUACAUACAAGGGAUAUAUUGCAUUUGCUGCCACGAGUAGCUGAAAAUGGUCACACUACCUUUGCCUUUAGUGUCAUUUUUAACAUGACAGUGACACUUAAAUGGCAUGAAAUAGAAAUGAACUGUGGCCUAUUAUUGAGUGAAAAUCAUGUGAAAUAACAUAAAUGCCCCUAGAUGCUUUUUCAUAGCAUUGAAUUACAUGUCAAUUUUGAUUUUGCUUAAUGUAAUGAUUGGUGCAAGAGGACAGCUUUAACAAAGGCAGUGCUUAACUAGGCAUUUUACCAUCUUAACUUUUGAAUAAUUUGACUCCUUGGCUAUAAAUGUUCCACAAAUUUAUUACUAUUUGCUCAAUUCAUGUAAGUGUAUAUAUUCAUCAUAACAUCCUCAUUAUACUAGGAAAUAAGUAGUUCAGUUUCCUUGCUACAUGUGUAAAAUAAGUUACUUUAUUAUUUUCUGUCAAAUGCUGGUCUGAGGAUCUGAACAGAUUGGCAGGUUGAUUUGUGCAGUCUUAAGUAUAAAAAGUUGAUUAAUGUCUAAGAGAAAUUUUCUGUAGUAUUAAAAGAGUUUUUAUGCAGUGUAAUUUAAAGAUGCAGAGUGAUAAUGGAAAGUCCAUUGCAUCCAUCACCAAAACUGCCUUCUGCUAUGGCCUAAAAAGAUGAGGAACUGGUGUCAUGACAGACCAGGUGUUUAUUGUCUCUGAAGGUGUAAUAUUUAAUUGCAAUUUUGAAAGCAAAGGAAGUUUAAAGAAUUUUUGGCUAUAUAUUUAGCAAAACAGUCUUAAGAUAGCCUCAUGUCAUAUGUCCUGUCCUAUGACUUUAGUUUAAUAGCAAGUGUGAUAAGGCAAACCCCCAUGCUUUUUGGAGACAAAGUCUGUAUCUGUCAUGGCAUGGAGUGCAUGUUUUCAUGAGCUGUAAUUAAGUGCAUUGUGAGAGCUUUUGCAAAGAUGGAAUCUCCAGCUUUUUAUCGAAUUUUAAAAUGUUUUAUAAAUUGUACUGUAGUUUUACUUAGUAUUGAACUGUGUGAAUAGCAGGAAAGCUGAAAGUGUGUUUGGUUGAAGUAGAAUUGAUAUCAGAUUCUACGGGACCAAUGGAUUAACAGAAAACUGUUUAAGUGAUUUAAGUGUUGUUUUUGGCAGAAAAAACACAUGCUGAUAAAUAUAAAAUAAAUACUUGAGCUUUGUUUUGCCAGUACUGUGCAACUAUUUUACUACAAAUAAGUAUGAAUCUUUAAAUUUGUGGUAGAUUUUUCAGAAUGAAUCUGUCAGAUUUGAAGAGGACAUAAUGGCUGAAAAGAAAUCUAGUCAUGUUUUUGUGCAAUUGUUCAAAACUGAUUUCAUCCAUUGCACUUCAACUUGUACUAAAAACCAACUGGAAUUAAGUUGGCAAGUUCAUUCUUUAUUUAUCUUGAAAUUUGUGUUAUUUUUCCUUGGUGAAUUUAAAGCAGUGUGGUGAUGCUCAAUUCCCGCUAUGGAUUUUGCAAAAACUUGUGCUGGAUAGUUAAGAUGAUCUGGUCAAUAUUAUAAUAAGACAAAAGAAAUUGUAAAAGGAUAAUUAAUUUUGGUUUAGCAUUGGUUGUCUGAAAUUGUAGUGAAGAUAAUCAUGUUAUUUUUUAUGUACACACACAUUGCAUUAUUAUUAUUAUUUUGUAAUACUAUGCUCUUGAGCCAAUAUCAGGAAAUAACUGUUAGAUUUCAUUAUAUCUAUGUGAAAUAACUGUAACUGUUACCAUCAGAAGCUUUGGGGAAAAAAAGUAAUUGAAGUAUUUUCAUCUAUUAUGGAAUCUAACAUUAAACAUAUUUUUUCCCAAAAAAGAAUUUUUAGUGAAGUGUGUAAGAUUAUUAUUAUUAUCAUUAUGCUCAAUUUACGAUGAUUAACCUCUUCAUAGCUAUUGAAAGGCAUGUAACAGUUUGAAUUCUGUAAUCAUCAUUAGAAGUAUGUUUAAGACAUAAAAAAUGCUGGGAAACUUAAAAUGCGUGACUACAAAUAAGUCACUUUUGUUUAAUUAAAUACAUAUAUAUCGUCUUCGAAAUUCGAGCUACCUGCUUGGAUAACUAUACAGUACCUGAUGUCACUCAGGAUAGUAAUAUUAAUUUGUAAAUAAUAUUAAUAAUCUUCAUAAUGGUAGCCCUGUUUAACAUUGCUAUAUAUUAUAGAUAUGUAUUAGUCUAAGAAUGAUGGCUUAUGUCGCCUAACAAUGCAAUUGUCUGACUUUGGAACAAAAGAGAAUGGGUGUGUUAUGCAAGGGUUUCAGAUUAGAAUAUGUGUACAGAUAUAAGAAAGUAGUGAUUGAAGAAAAAUGAACCAUUUAAGAGAAAUAGAUGAUAUACGCAUUUGUGUUUGGUUGUAGAUUUGUAAUCUUUUACACUGACAGCUGUCUGCAUCUGCGGAACUCUAUUAUUACAAUUCUGAACACUUGUUACCAUGGUUCAUUUCAGGUAUGGAAAACAACAAAUUUGCUUAGAUAAAUCAAACUACAAUGUUUGGUACUGAAAGUGCAAUAAUAUUAGAAAUGAUUACCCUCUGGAACGGCUACUGCCAUAGCUAACAGUAGAAGCUUGAUAUAGUAUCGUAUGGGUGUGUAUUAUGACUACAAGCUAAAAGAGAUUGAUAUUUAUGACUGAUAAGGUAAAUCUAUCAAUUUUUGACCUCCUCCCCGUCAGUGUCUGAGUCUGGGAGACAAAAAUUUUCUCACUUAGUGAUCACUGUUACUUGAUAACAAAAUAGAAAUCGGUUAUCCAUGUGGUGCAUUUCAGAGCUAUGUCAUUUAAAGUUAAGUGUGUAAUAUAUGCUGACCAUUAUAACUGGCAAUGUCUCUGUCUACUGAUGGCAUAUUACCCUCAUAGUCAAGAUAUCUUAACUUGCAGAUAUACAAAUAUACAGCAGCAUCGUUAUAAACAGUUAUUUUUAAGUUGAGUAAUUAUCAAAGCGAAAAUUCGACUGUAAGCUAGACACUAGACGUUUUUUAUUGAGUUCUUUAAACGCUGUUCCUUAAUUUAAGAGACGACAUGUCAAAUAUCCAUUGCUCAAAGUUGGGACAGCACGUCACUUCAACAAUUUUGGCUCACUUAGGUGAAUUCUCAGCGUGUUUGGCCAUGGUGCUGGCGAUGGUCUCCAGUAUUUGGUCGUGCGAGUAGCUCAAAGUAUACCUGAUUUUGUGGCAUUUUGCUUAGGUGAUUUGUGUGAAUGCAAGUCUCCUAUUAUCUUACAAAAGAAUUGAUAUACAUGUACAUUGCCAAUGAAAAAUAAAAAUUGAAAAUUCUUUUUA